GACCAGAACCCGGUCGACAUCUCCAAGACGGGCAUCACGCUCCUCAACAAUCUGGAGGGCAUGGUGCCCCUCAUCGUCGUGAUGGGAAUCAAGAACGAGUUCUCGGAGAUCCCCGCGGCCGUGGGCGAGCUUUCCAUCAUGGGCUACACCUGGGUCACCCUCAGCUGCGUCGUGGGUGUCGCCAUCAGCUACACGGGCAUCUGGGCCCAGAGCCUGAUCAGCGCAACCAGCUUCCUGGUGCUCGUGAACGCCAACAAGUUCGUGAUCAUCUUCAUCGAGGCCUUCUGCCUGAAGACGAAGUCGCUCACCCCGAUCCAG